CUCCGUUGACUCACUCAGUGUUGGGAUCACUCACUUUCCCCUUACAGGACUCUGAUCUUGGAGGCAUUUGGCUUCAGAGAAAAACGAAUAGGAAAAACUGAAUUGUUAUUUUUUAAAAGGCUGCUGAAGUUGGUUGAUUUCUCAUCAUUCCUAAACCUAUCGGAGCACCUAAGUUGGGAGCAAAUUUACCAAGAUAUUUGUUGCUGCGGUGAUAGAUACUUUUUUUUUUUCCCCAAAUGCUUUGGUGGGAAGAAGUAGACGAGUGUUAUGAAAGAGAAGAUGUUCAAAAGAAAACAUUCACAAAAUGGAUAAAUGCACAGUUUUCUAAGUUUGGGAAGCAGCACAUAGAGAACCUCUUCAGUGACCUACAGGAUGGGAGACGCCUCCUAGAUCUUCUGGAAGGCCUGACAGGGCAAAAACUGCCAAAAGAAAAAGGAUCCACAAGAGUUCAUGCCCUUAACAAUGUCAACAAGGCACUGCGCGUCUUGCAGAAAAAUAAUGUUGAUUUAGUGAAUAUUGGAAGCACUGACAUAGUAGAUGGAAAUCACAAACUGACUCUUGGUUUGAUUUGGAAUAUAAUCCUCCACUGGCAGGUCAAAAAUGUAAUGAAAAAUAUCAUGGCUGGAUUGCAACAAACCAACAGUGAAAAGAUUCUCCUGAGCUGGGUCCGACAAUCAACUCGUAAUUAUCCACAGGUUAAUGUCAUUAACUUCACCACCAGCUGGUCUGAUGGUCUGGCUUUAAAUGCUCUCAUCCACAGUCAUAGGCCAGACCUGUUUGAUUGGAACAGUGUGGUUUGCCAGCAGUCAGCCACACAACGACUGGAACAUGCGUUCAACAUUGCCAAAUAUCAAUUAGGCAUAGAGAAACUGCUGGAUCCUGAAGAUGUUGCUACCACUUAUCCAGAUAAGAAGUCCAUCUUAAUGUAUGUCACAUCACUCUUCCAAGUUUUGCCUCAACAAGUGAGCAUUGAAGCCAUCCAGGAAGUGGAAAUGUUGCCAAGGCCAUCAAAAGUUACUAGAGAGGAACACUUUCAAUUACAUCAUCAAAUGCAUUAUUCUCAACAGAUCACAGUCAGUCUAGCACAGGGCUAUGAACGAACUCCUUCCUCUCCUAAGCCUCGGUUCAAGAGCUAUGCCUACACACAGGCUGCUUAUGUCACCACCUCUGACCCCACAAGGAGCCCACUUCCUUCACAGCACUUGGAAACUCCUGAUGAUAUUGGCCGUUCAUCAAUGGAGACUGAGGUAACCCUGGACAGUUACCAAACAGCUUUAGAAGAAGUACUCUCAUGGCUUCUUUCUGCUGAGGACGCAUUGCAAGCCCAAGGAGAGAUUUCUAAUGAUGUAGAAGAAGUGAAAGAACAAUUUCAUACUCACGAGGGGUACAUGAUGGAUUUGACAUCUCAUCAGGGACGAGUUGGUAAUGUUCUCCAACUGGGAAGUCAACUGAUAGGAACAGGGAAAUUAUCAGAAGAUGAAGAAACCGAAGUACAAGAACAAAUGAAUCUCCUAAAUUCAAGAUGGGAAUGCCUCAGGGUAGCUAGCAUGGAAAAACAGAGCAACUUACAUAAAGUUCUAAUGGAUCUUCAGAAUCAGCAACUGAAAGAGUUAAAUGAUUGGCUAACCAAAACAGAAGAGAGAACAAGGAAAAUGGAGAAAGAGCCCCUUGGACCUGAUAUUGAAGACCUAAAACGCCAAGUACAACAACAUAAGGUGCUUCAAGAAGACCUAGAACAGGAGCAAGUCAGGGUCAAUUCUCUCACUCACAUGGUGGUGGUGGUCGAUGAAUCUGGUGGAGACCAAGCAACUGCUGCUUUGGAAGAACAGCUUAAGGUACUGGGAGAUAGAUGGGCAAACAUCUGUAGAUGGACAGAAGAUCGCUGGGUUCUUUUACAAGACAUCCUCCUGAAAUGGCAGCGUUUUACCGAAGAACAGUGCCUUUUUAGUGCAUGGCUUUCAGAAAAAGAAGAUGCAUUGAACAAGAUUCACACAACUGGCUUUAAGGAUCAAAGUGAAAUGUUAUCAAGUCUUCAAAAACUGGCUGUUUUAAAAACAGAUUUAGAAAAGAAAAAGCAAACCAUGGACAAACUCUGUUCGCUCAACCAAGAUCUUCUUUCAACCCUGAAAAACACAUUGGUAGCCCAAAAGAUGGAAGCAUGGCUGGACAACUUUGCCCAGCGUUGGGAUAAUUUAGUCCAAAAACUUGAAAAAAGUUCUGCACAGAUUUCACAGGCUGUCCCCACCACUCAGCCAUCACUAACACAGACAACUGUAAUGGAAACGGUAACUAUGGUGACCACGAGGGAGCAAAUUCUGGUAAAGCAUGCCCAAGAGGAACUGCCACCACCACCUCCCCAAAAGAAGAGGCAGAUUAUUGUGGAUUCCGAAAUUAGGAAAAGGUUGGACGUCGAUAUAACUGAACUUCACAGUUGGAUUACUCGUUCAGAAGCUGUGUUGCAGAGUCCUGAAUUUGCAAUCUAUCGGAAGGAAGGCAACUUCUCAGACCUUAAAGAAAAAGUCAAUGCCAUAGAGCGAGAAAAAGCGGAGAAGUUCAGAAAACUGCAAGAUGCCAGCAGAUCAGCUCAGGCCCUGGUGGAACAGAUGGUGAAUGAGGGUGUUAAUGCUGACAGCAUCAAACAAGCCUCAGAACAACUGAACAGCCGGUGGAUAGAGUUCUGCCAAUUGCUAAGUGAGAGACUUAACUGGCUGGAGUAUCAGAACAACAUCAUCGCUUUCUAUAAUCAGCUACAACAAUUGGAGCAGAUGACAACUACUGCUGAAAACUGGUUGAAAACCCAACCUACCACCACAUCAGAGCCAACAGCAAUCAAAAGCCAGUUGAAAAUUUGUAAGGAUGAAGUCAACCGGCUUUCAGUUCUUCAGCCUCAAAUCGAGCGAUUAAAAAUUCAAAGCAUAGCCCUGAAAGAGAAAGGACAAGGGCCAAUGUUCCUGGAUGCAGACUUUGUGGCCUUUACAAAUCAUUUUAACCAAGUCUUUGCUGAUGUGCAGGCCAGAGAAAAAGAGCUACAGACAAUUUUUGACACAUUGCCACCCAUGCGCUAUCAGGAGACCAUGAGUACCAUCCUGACGUGGAUCCAGCAGUCAGAAACCAAACUCUCUAGACCUCAGGUUACUGUCACUGAAUAUGACAUCAUGGAACAGAGACUUGAAGAGUUACAGGCUUUACAAAGUUCCCUGCAAGAGCAACAAAGUGGCCUAAACUAUCUCAGCACCACUGUGAAAGAGAUGUCAAGGAAAGCACCAUCUGAUAUUAGCCGGAAGUACCAGACGGAAUUUGAAGAGAUUGAGCGCCGCUGGAAGAAGCUGUCCUCUCAGCUGCUUGAGCAUUGCCAAAAGCUAGAGGAGCAAAUGGCAAAACUUCGAAAAAUUCAGAAUCACAUCAAAACUCUGAAGAAGUGGAUGGCUGAAGUUGAUGUUUUCCUGAAGGACGAGUGGCCUGCCCUCGGGGACUCAGAAAUUCUGAAAAAACAGCUGAAACAGUGCAGGCUUUUAGUCAAUGAUAUUCAGACAAUUCAGCCCAGUCUCAACAGUGUCAAUGAAGGUGCACAGAAGAUAAAGAAUGAAGCAGAGCCAGAGUUUGCUUGCAGACUUGAGACAGAGCUCAGAGAACUGAACACUCAGUGGGAUUACGUAUGCCGACAGGUCUAUGCCAGAAAGGAAGCUUUAAAGGGAGGUUUGGAUAAAACUGUAAGUCUUCAGAAAGAUCUGUCAGAGAUGCACGAAUGGAUGACGCAAGCUGAAGAAGAAUACCUAGAGAGAGAUUUUGAAUAUAAAACCCCAGACGAAUUACAGACGGCAGUUGAAGAGAUGAAGAGAGCUAAGGAAGAGGCCCAGCAAAAAGAAGCAAAAGUGAAACUCCUUACCGAGUCCGUCAAUAGUGUCAUAGCUGAGGCUCCCCCUGCAGCACGAGAGGCCUUACAGAAGGAACUUGACACUCUCACCACCAACUACCAGUGGCUCUGCACCAGGCUCAAUGGAAAAUGCAAGACCUUGGAAGAAGUUUGGGCGUGCUGGCACGAAUUAUUGUCAUACUUGGAGAAGGCAAACAAGUGGCUAAACGAAGUAGAAUUCAAACUUAAAACCACGGAAAAUAUUCCUAGUGGAGCUGAGGAAAUCUCUGAGGUGCUGGAUUCACUUGAAAAUUUGAUGCAACAUUCAGAGGAUAACCCGAAUCAGAUUCGCAUAUUGGCACAGACCCUAACAGAUGGUGGAGUCAUGGAUGAACUGAUCAAUGAGGAACUUGAGACGUUUAAUUCUCGUUGGAGAGAACUACAUGAAGAGGCUGUGAGGAGGCAAAAGUUGCUUGAACAGAGUAUCCAGUCUGCCCAGGAGAUCGAAAAAUCCUUGCACUUAAUUCAGGAGUCCCUCUCAUCUAUUGACAAGCAGUUGGCAGCUUAUAUUGCUGACAAAGUGGACGCAGCUCAGAUGCCUCAGGAAGCCCAGAAAAUCCAAUCAGAUUUGACAAGUCAUGAGAUCAGUUUAGAAGAAAUGAAGAAACAUUACCAGGGAAAGGAGGCUGCCCAAAGGGUGCUGUCCCAAAUCGAUGUGGCCCAGAAAAAGUUGCAAGAUGUUUCCUUGAAGUUUCGGUUAUUCCAGAAGCCAGCCAAUUUUGAGCAGCGUCUACAGGAAAGUAAGAUGAUUUUAGAUGAAGUGAAGAUGCAUUUGCCUGCGUUGGAAACAAAGAGCGUGGAACAGGAAGUAGUACAGUCACAGUUAAAUCAUUGUGUGAACUUGUAUAAAAGUCUGAGUGAAGUGAAGUCUGAAGUGGAAAUGGUGAUAAAAACUGGACGUCAGAUUGUACAGAAGAGACAGACAGAAAACCCUAAAGAACUUGAUGAAAGAGUCACGGCUUUGAAAUUACAUUAUAAUGAGCUGGGAGCAAAGGUGACGGAAAGAAAGCAACAGUUGGAAAAAUGCUUGAAAUUGUCCCGUAAGAUGCGAAAGGAAAUGAAUGCCCUGACAGAAUGGCUGGCAGCUACAGAUAUGGAAUUGACGAAGAGAUCAGCAGUUGAAGGAAUGCCUAGUAAUUUGGAUUCUGAAGUUGCCUGGGGAAAGGCUACUCAGAAAGAGAUUGAGAAACAGAAGGUUCACCUAAAGAGUGUCACAGAGCUAGGAGAGGCCUUGAAAACGGUUUUGGGCAAGAAGGAGGCCUUGGUGGAAGAUAAACUGAGUCUUCUGAAUAGUAACUGGAUAGCUGUCACUUCCCGAGCAGAAGAGUGGUUAAACCUUUUGCUGGAAUACCAGAAACACAUGGAAAACUUUGACCAGAAUGUGGAUUACAUCACAAACUGGAUCAUUCAGGCUGAUGCACUUUUGGAUGAAUCUGAGAAAAAGAAACCUCAGCAAAAAGAAGACAUACUUAAGCGUUUAAAGGCUGAAAUGAAUGACAUGCGCCCAAAGGUGGAUUCCACGCGAGACCAAGCAGCAAACCUGAUGGCAAACCGCGGCGACCACUGCAGGAAAGUAGUAGAGCCCAAAAUCUCAGAGCUCAACCAUCGAUUUGCAGCCAUUUCUCACAGAAUUAAGACUGGAAAGGCCUCCAUUCCUUUGAAGGAAUUGGAGCAGUUUAACUCAGAUAUACAAAAAUUGCUUGAACCACUGGAGGCUGAAAUUCAGCAGGGGGUGAAUCUGAAAGAGGAAGACUUCAAUAAAGAUAUGAGUGAAGACAAUGAGGGUACUGUAAAAGAAUUGUUGCAAAGAGGAGACAACUUACAACAAAGAAUCACAGAUGAGAGAAAGCGAGAGGAAAUAAAGAUAAAACAGCAGCUGUUACAGACAAAACAUAAUGCUCUCAAGGAUUUGAGGUCUCAAAGAAGAAAAAAGGCUCUAGAAAUUUCUCACCAGUGGUAUCAGUACAAGAGGCAGGCUGAUGAUCUCCUGAAAUGCUUGGAUGACAUUGAAAAAAAAUUAGCCAGCCUACCUGAACCCAGAGAUGAAAGGAAAAUAAAGGAAAUUGAUCGUGAAUUGCAGAAGAAGAAAGAGGAGCUGAAUGCAGUGCGUAGGCAAGCUGAGGGCUUGUCUGACGAUGGGGCCGCAAUGGCAGUGGAGCCAACCCAGAUCCAGCUCAGCAAGCGCUGGCGGGAAAUUGAGAGCAAAUUUGCUCAGUUUCGAAGACUCAACUUUGCACAAAUUCACACAGUCCAUGAAGAAUCGAUGAUGGUGAUGACUGAAGACAUGCCUUUGGAAAUUUCUUAUGUGCCUUCUACUUACCUGACUGAGAUCACUCACGUCUCACAAGCCCUGUCAGAAGUGGAACAACUUCUUAAUGCUCCUGACCUCCGUGCUAAAGAUUUCGAAGAUCUCUUUAAACAAGAGGAGUCUCUGAAGAACAUAAAAGACAGCCUGCAACAAAUCUCAGGUCGGAUUGACAUCAUUCACAAUAAGAAGACAGCAGCCUUGCACAGUGCCACUCCUGCAGAAAGGGCAAAGCUGCAGGAAGCUCUCUCACGGCUCGAUUUCCAAUGGGAAAGAGUGAACAAAAUGUACAAGGACCGACAAGGGCGAUUUGACAGAUCUGUGGAAAAGUGGCGGCGGUUUCAUUAUGAUAUGAAGAUACUUAAUCAAUGGCUAACAGAAGCUGAACAGUUUCUCAAAAAGACACAAAUUCCUGAGAAUUGGGAACAUGCCAAAUACAAAUGGUGUCUUAAGGAACUCCAGGAUGGCAUCGGGCAGCGGCAAACUGUUGUCAGGAUAUUGAAUGCAACUGGGGAAGAAAUAAUUCAACAGUCGUCAAAAACAGAUGCCAGUAUUUUACAAGAAAAACUGGGAAGCCUGAAUCUGCGGUGGCAGGAGGUCUGCAAACAGCUGGCAGAGAGAAAAAAGAGGCUAGAGGAACAAAAGAAUAUCUUGUCAGAAUUUCAAAGGGAUGUAAAUGAAUUUGUUUUAUGGUUGGAAGAAGCAGACAACGUUGCUAAUAUUCCACUUGAACCUGGGAAUGAGCAGCAGCUAAAACAAAAACUUGAACAAGUCAAGUUACUGGCGGAAGAGUUGCCCCUGCGCCAGGGGAUUCUAAAACAAUUAAAUGAAACCGGAGGAACAGUGCUUGUAAGUGCCCCCAUAAGCCCAGAAGAGCAAGAUAAACUUGAAAAUAAGCUCAAGCAGACAAAUCUUCAGUGGAUAAAGGUUUCUAGAGAUUUGCCUGAGAAACAAGGAGAAAUUGAGGCACACAUAAAAGACCUUGGACAGCUUGAAGAGCAGUUAAAUCAUCUGCUUCUGUGGCUGGCUCCUAUUAGAAAUCAGUUGGAAAUUUACAGUCAACCAAAUCAAACAGGACCGUUUGACCUUAAGGAAAUUGAAGUAGCAGUUCAAGCUAAACAGCCGGAUGUGGAAGGGAUUUUGUCUAAAGGGCAGCAUUUGUACAAGGAAAAACCAGCCGCUCAGCCAGUGAAGAGAAAGGUUGAAGAUCUGAGCUCUGAUUGGAAGGCAGUAACCCACUUACUUCAAGAGCUCAAGGCAAAGCAGCCUGGCCCAGCUCCCAGACUGACCGCUGUUGGAGCCGCUCCUAGUCAGACUGUUACUCUGGUGACACAACCCGUGGUUACCAAGGAAACUGCCAUCUCCAAACUAGAAAUGCCAUCUUCCUUGCUGUUGGAGGUGCCUGCUCUGGCAGAUUUCAACCGAGCUUGGACAGAACUUACCGACUGGCUGUCUCUGCUUGAUCGAGUUAUAAAAUCACAGAGGGUGAUGGUGGGUGAUCUUGAAGACAUCAACGAAAUGAUCAUCAAGCAGAAGCUAGUGGAAUCCAUGAUGAAUUCUCAUCUCCAAGGGGCAACACUGCAGGAUUUGGAACAGAGGCGCCCCCAGUUGGAAGAACUCAUUACCGCCGCCCAGAAUUUGAAAAACAAGACCAGCAAUCAAGAGGCUAGAACCAUCAUUACUGAUCGAAUUGAAAGAAUUCAGAGUCAGUGGGAUGAAGUGCAGGAACACCUUCAGAACCGGAGGCAGCAGUUGAAUGAAAUGUUAAAGGAUUCCACACAAUGGCUGGAAGCUAAAGAAGAAACUGAGCAGGUGCUGGGGCAGGCCAGAGCCAAGCUGGAGUCAUGGAAGGAGACUCCCUACGCAAUGGAUGCGAUCCAAAAGAAAAUCACAGAAACCAAGCAGUUGGCCAAAGACCUCCGCCAGUGGCAGAUAAAUGUAGAUGUUGCAAAUGAUUUGGCCCUGAAACUUCUCCGGGAUUAUUCUUCAGAUGAUACGAGAAAAGUACACAUGAUAACAGAGAACAUCAAUGCCUCUUGGGCAAGCAUUCAUAAAAGAGUGAGUGAGCGAGAGGCUGCUCUGGAAGAAACCCAUAGAUUGCUACAACAGUUCCCCCUCGACCUGGAGAAAUUCCUUGCCUGGCUUACAGAGGCCGAAACAACUGCCAACGUGCUGCAGGAUGCCACCCAUAAGGAAAGGCUCCUGGAAGAUACCAAGGGAGUAAGAGAGCUGAUGAAACAAUGGCAAGACCUCCAAGGAGAAAUCGAAGCUCACACAGAUAUCUAUCACAACCUGGAUGAAAAUGGCCAGAAAGUCCUGAGAUCCCUGGAAGGUUCUGAUGAUGCGGCCCUGUUGCAAAGACGUUUGGAUACCAUGAACUUCAAGUGGAGUGAGCUUCGGAAGAAGUCUCUCAACAUUAGGUCUCAUUUGGAAGCCAGUUCUGACCAGUGGAAGCGUCUGCACCUCUCUCUUCAGGAGCUUCUGGUGUGGCUACAGCUGAAAGAUGACGAGUUAAGCCGGCAGGCACCGAUGGGAGGCGAUUUUCCAGCAGUUCAGAAGCAGAAUGAUGUACACAGGGCCUUCAAGAGGGAAUUGAAAACGAAAGAACCUGUAAUCAUGAGUACUCUUGAGACUGUACGAAUAUUUCUGACAGAGCAGCCUUUAGAAGGACUAGAGAAGCUCUACCAGGAGCCCAGAGAGCUGCCUCCUGAGGAGAGAGCCCAGAAUGUCACACGGCUCCUGCGAAAGCAGGCUGAGGAGGUCAACACCGAGUGGGAAAAACUGAACCUGCGCUCUGCAGACUGGCAGAGAAAAAUAGACGAGGCCCUCGAAAGACUCCAGGAACUUCAGGAAGCAACCGAUGAGCUUGACCUCAAGCUGCGUCAGGCUGAGGUGAUCAAGGGCUCCUGGCAGCCUGUGGGUGACCUCCUCAUUGACUCUCUCCAAGAUCACCUCGAAAAAGUCAAGGUGCUUCGAGGAGAAAUUACACCUCUGAAAGAGAAUGUCAGCUACGUCAAUGACCUUGCUCGCCAACUCACUACGUUGGGCAUUCAGCUGUCACCAUAUAACCUCAACACUCUGGAAGACCUGAACACCAGAUGGAAACUUCUGCAGGUGGCCGUUGAGGACCGCAUCAGGCAGCUGCACGAAGCCCACCGGGACUUUGGCCCCGCGUCCCAGCACUUCCUUUCCACUUCUGUCCAGGGUCCCUGGGAGAGAGCCAUCUCGCCAAACAAAGUGCCCUACUAUAUCAACCACGAGACCCAAACGACUUGCUGGGACCAUCCCAAAAUGACAGAGCUCUACCAAUCUUUAGCGGACCUGAAUAAUGUCAGGUUCUCAGCUUAUAGGACGGCCAUGAAACUCCGAAGACUGCAGAAGGCCCUUUGCUUGGAUCUCUUGAGCCUGUCAGCUGCAUGCGAUGCCUUGGACCAGCACAACCUCAAGCAAAAUGACCAGCCCAUGGACAUCCUGCAGGUCAUAAAUUGUCUGACCACUAUCUAUGAUCGCCUGGAACAAGAGCACAACAAUCUGGUCAACGUCCCUCUCUGCGUGGAUAUGUGUCUCAAUUGGCUGCUGAACGUCUAUGACACGGGACGAACCGGGAGGAUCCGGGUCCUGUCUUUUAAGACUGGCAUCAUUUCUCUGUGUAAAGCGCAUUUGGAAGACAAGUACAGAUACCUUUUCAAGCAAGUGGCAAGCUCCACAGGAUUUUGUGACCAGCGCAGGCUGGGCCUCCUCCUGCACGACUCUAUCCAGAUCCCGAGGCAGUUGGGUGAAGUCGCAUCCUUCGGGGGCAGUAACAUCGAGCCGAGUGUCAGAAGCUGCUUCCAGUUUGCUAAUAAUAAGCCCGAGAUCGAAGCGGCCCUCUUCCUAGACUGGAUGAGACUGGAGCCCCAGUCCAUGGUGUGGCUGCCUGUCCUGCACCGAGUGGCUGCUGCGGAAACUGCCAAGCACCAGGCCAAGUGCAACAUCUGCAAGGAGUGUCCGAUCAUCGGAUUCAGGUACAGGAGUCUGAAGCACUUUAACUAUGACAUCUGCCAAAGUUGCUUUUUUUCUGGUCGAGUUGCAAAAGGCCAUAAAAUGCACUAUCCCAUGGUGGAAUACUGCACUCCGACUACAUCGGGAGAAGAUGUUCGUGACUUUGCCAAGGUACUAAAAAACAAAUUUCGAACCAAAAGGUAUUUUGCGAAGCAUCCCCGAAUGGGCUACCUGCCUGUGCAGACUGUCUUAGAGGGGGACAACAUGGAAACUCCUGUUACUCUGAUCAACUUCUGGCCGGUAGAUUCUGCGCCCGCCUCGUCCCCUCAGCUUUCACACGAUGAUACUCAUUCACGCAUUGAACAUUAUGCUAGCAGGCUAGCAGAAAUGGAAAACAGCAAUGGAUCUUAUCUAAAUGAUAGCAUCUCUCCUAAUGAGAGCAUAGAUGAUGAACAUUUGUUAAUCCAGCAUUACUGCCAAAGUUUGAACCAGGACUCCCCCCUGAGCCAGCCUCGUAGUCCUGCCCAGAUCUUGAUUUCCUUAGAGAGUGAGGAAAGAGGGGAGCUAGAGAGAAUCCUAGCAGAUCUUGAGGAAGAAAACAGGAACCUGCAAGCCGAGUAUGACCGUCUCAAGCAGCAGCACGAGCAUAAAGGCCUGUCCCCACUGCCGUCCCCUCCCGAGAUGAUGCCCACUUCUCCCCAGAGUCCCCGGGACGCCGAGCUCAUUGCCGAGGCCAAGCUCCUGCGUCAGCACAAGGGCCGCCUGGAGGCCAGGAUGCAGAUCCUAGAAGACCACAACAAGCAGCUGGAGUCGCAGUUACAGCGGCUCCGGCAGCUGCUGGAGCAACCCCAGGCCGAGGCCAAGGUGAAUGGUACAACGGUGUCUUCUCCUUCUACCUCUCUUCAGAGGUCAGACAGCAGUCAGCCUAUGCUGCUCCGGGUGGUUGGCAGUCAGACUUCGGAAUCCAUGGGCGAGGAAGACCUGCUCAGUCCUCCCCAGGACACAAGCACAGGGUUAGAGGAAGUGAUGGAACAGCUCAACAACUCCUUCCCUAGUUCCAGAGGAAGAAAUACCCCUGGGAAGCCAAUGAGAGAGGACACAAUGUAGGAAGCCUUUUCCACUUGGCAGAUGAUUUGGGCAGAGCGAUGGAGUCCUUAGUGUCAGUCAUGACAGAUGAAGAAGGGGCAGAAUAAAUGUUUUACAACUCCUGAUUCCCGCAUGGUUUUUAUAAUAUUCAUACAACAAAGAGGAUUAGACAGUAAGAGUUUACAAGAAAAAAAAAAAAUCUAUAUUUUUGUGAAGGGUAGUGGUACUAUACUGUAGAUUUCAGUAGUUUCUAAGUCUGUUAUUGUUUUGUUAACAAUGGCAGGUUUUACACGUCUAUGCAAUUGUACAAAAAAGUUAUAAGAAAACUACAUGUAAAAUCUUGAUAGCUAAAUAACUUGCCAUUUCUUUAUAUGGAACGCAUUUUGGGUUGUUUAAAAAUUUAUAACAGUUAUAAAGAAAGAUUGUAAACUCAAGUGUGCUUUAUAAAAAAAAAAAAGUUGUUUAUAAAAACCCCUAAAAACAGACACACACACACACACACACACACACUUGGAGGCAGCGCAUUGUUUUGCAUCGUUUUAGCGUGAUAUCCAUAUGAAAUCCAUGCUUGUUUCUUUUCUUGCAUAUUAAAGAUAGGACACUUCCUCUAACACCACCAGAUGAUUACUUCGCAGCGCUCUUUUUGGAAUCGCUGGCCGAGUGGGACUGGCUGUGGUUUUUCGCUGCCUGCAUCUAUAUGUCUAGAAGUAUGUAAAUACUGUAGGGAUAUAGAUAAACAGAUCUGAAUUUCUGGAGACCUUUGAAAUUUCUUGUCCAAGUGACCUGGCCACUUCCUAAUGCAAAGAGAUGGCCUCUGGUCCCGCAGGCUUACCUGCUUGGUCUAGAAUGAAUUCUCCCUGGAGCCUGAAACCAGGGGGCAGCUACCACACUGAAACACUGUCUGGGGCCCCAGAUGUUUCUCAUUUGCAACUUUCCACUGACAGCGACGGUACCGAAUUUUUGCAAAGGGACAUGUGUGAAUGAAUACACAGGACUUACUGUGUCCGAGUGAUCCGUUAGCUGAUACAUUCAGCUUCCGGCUGCUGGCAAGGCCACCAUCUACAUUUAAUGAUGCUUCAGCGGAAGUCACGACAUCAGAAGAUAUUUUUCACUCGCAGACAGUAGGAGAUCCUUCUGGUAGGGCUGGAAGGCUGUGGACUGCCAGCCGAUCCCUGCGAGGGAGGGAGGCCACUCUUGAAGUAAAGGGCUGGAUGAAUGUUCCUAACCACACUGAGAGAUCUUGGUAAUCUCGUAAAACAACGAAUUCCCUCUGCCCUCUUCUCACAAACAGCAGUGGUUAUUUUAGGGGUUUUUUUCUUUUCUUUUCUUUUUUUUUUUUUUAAGGACUUUCCCCAUUGCAAUGAGUUUUUAAAUGCCACUUCAUUUAAAAUAACCCUCGGGAAAAUGUGUAAGACAGCCUCAUCACGGUGUGUUACUGUUAAAUAUCCACCCACAAGCCCGUGAACUUGGUUGCCCUACUUGACAUUUCUCUACAAGCAAUUCCACGCAGGUUCGUAAGGGGGAACGGAGACGGAUUCGCGUGUUCCGAAAAGUACUCCAAACCCUUGGCUGGUGGAUGAGGAAGGUUAACGAUACAAAGAUUGUUCAAAAAGAAUAACCCAAGAGGACUAACUGGUAGGAACAAGCUUUACUCUUUCGUGUUCUUAGCCUUUCAUUUUUUUUUAAUCAUUCAUUCAAUAGAAAUCACCGUGUGACCUAUUAUUUUGCAAAUCUGUUACCUCUUAGGUCAAGUGUUAACUUUUGGGGAGUGGGUUUUGUGUAUUAUUUUAUUAAUGAUAAUUAACAUCCAACAUGGCUUCUCAUGCUAUUUCUACCUCACUUUGGUUUUGGGGUGUUCCUAAUAAUCGUGCACACAUGCUUUCACCCACUCGUCUCCCCCGUGUCAACAUUUUUCUCGAUUUUUCCCCCCCAUCGUAACUUCCACAAGAAAACCCAAAGCUCUAAGGUAACAAAACGACCUGAAGAUUCGGUUUUAGUCUUGCAUUUUUUCCUUUAUGUGACACUGGACUUUUUCCUUCACCCACAAGUUUGGUUUUUUUGUUUGUGUGUUUGUUUGUUUAACCAUGAUUAAAAACAAGGGGUUGUGUUCCUUCCUACUAAGCCGUUUUAAGUUUCCUUCUAAAAGCAGAGGUAAAUAGAGUGCAUAAUUUUAUUUUAAUCUUUUUGUUUUAUCUUUUAGACAUUAGUUCUGGAGUGAGUCUGUCAAAAUAUUUGAAUAAAAACUGAGAGCUUUACUGCUACAUUUUAAGCAUAA